AUGGCAUCGAGUUUUGAACACCGUACCGUGUCAUUUACUCCCUUGUCGUCCAAUAGCCCGAAGGAGGGCACAAUCCCGGAAGAGCUGAAGGACAUACCAAACAACAUUAGUAUUGACAAGGCAAUCACCGCACAGCUUGCCAUCUUUGCUACGAAAAUCACAAAGGAGAACUUUGAAUCAACAGUUGAAAAGAUCCACCAGAUCUGCGCUGCGUCGUCGGAAGAAGUCUACGUCAAGUUCAUUAGAAGACUUCUCCUCACAAGUUCAAGUUUAAUACCAACAAAUACCGUUUCAAAUCCAGUUACUGAGCAGCUCAUCAAGAGAGAGUUAGAGUCACUUGCUGCACAUCCAAACAGAAACGUUUUCAAGAGGGUUAUUUUUAGCUUUGACUCUGAUCUUUUAGAACUCUUUACACUUGAUCAACUCUUUGCAACUUAUCAACUUGGUGAGUUUGAACGCAUUCGGUUAACACUUUGUUUGGACUUGGAUCAGAAAUACGCCGAAGACGCAAAGAAUAUCAUCUCAUCAGCUCUACCGGGACUCCUACACUCCAUCAAAUCCAACCAGGUAUCCCUCGAAAAGCUUCUUUUAAUUUUAAAAGAAAUUCAUAGCGACUUUUUUUCUACUUUUGACAAACUUCUCUUUGCUUACUCCUUUUCAGGUUUGUCUGUAUUCGCAGAAAGUGAGUCAAACAAAGAAGUGUUGUUUAAAUCGCUCGAAGAACUUUCUGAAGUCCUUACACAAAUGCCGUUCAGUACAAUUUUAAAGGCCAUUGGCCCAGAAAACAUUAUUCCGGAGAAGUUUAUGAACGACAUAUUGGCGUUGAAAUCUGCAAAUGAGUUAACAGAUGCGAUUUCACUCCUGGCAUCUGAGAUGCUCUGUCCAGGAUCACAAAGCUUGACAGGAGCUCCAGGAGAGUUAACUGCGUUGACUCCGUUAAGUAUCCCAGAGGCUUCUGCUAGAGGCUCACAGUUUGGUUCCAUUAUCAGAAAGUUACCAUUCCAUCCGUCUUGGCCAGACGUUUUCCAAAAAAUGUCGGAACGUUUGCCAAAUCCUUUGUUUACAGAAGCGUCACUUAGUGCUCUAUUGUCCGCUUUUGAUGACCAGACAAUUGAUGCGUUCCUUGAUUACAAAUGGAAACUGCCUUUCAAAGUUAAUCUCUUUGUGAACUUGAGAAAGCUUAACCCUCAAAAUGGAUCUUUUGACCUUCUCAGAACGAAUUACUUGAAGCCAAUUGUUAACGAUCCAUCGUUCCCAAAUCUGAAAAGCUCCGUAUUGUAUUUCUUCAACGUGACUAAAUUGGAAUUGGACUGUAUAUCCAUGUCGUCUGCAAUCACAAACAUUGAAUACAAGAAGUUCCUGCAUUCAAUAUUCGAAGAGGAUAUCCGCUCAGUUCCAGAGUUGGUUGCGCUCGGCUGUGUUCAGUUUUCGCCUCAAUCUGCCACCAUAGAUGAUCUUUUUGAAAAUUUGAUGGUACAUUUGUUGGACGAGACCGCUUCUUACUACCCUCUCAUUGUCAAGGACCUUACCAGAAAGGAUCUGGUUGUUGCAGUCUGUUCAAAACUCUUCCAAAAGAAUCGUGACUUGAACAAUCUACUCGUGUUGCAUAUUGUACAGAAUGGAUACAUACAAGACGUUCUUUCCCCAUUGAAGUUUGAGGAGUCAAUCGGUCUUGCGGUUAAGGCUGUAUUAGCUGGCUGGAACGGGUUCAGUGAUUUCCUUAGAGAAAACAAACCUGCCCCAGCUAUUGUUCUUCAGUUUCUUGAUGCAUUAGCACAAUCAGCUGGUGUUUCCCCUAGAGUUCUCAGUUUGAAAGCAAUCGACGCUUUAUUGAAGUACGUACAACAGCAGAACUUAACUCCUGAACAGCUGGGUACCUUUGCAGACGUUCAAAUACGCGUUUUCCAAGCGUUCCCACGGUUGAUCAAUUUUGGAAACGGCCAUGAUGAUGCUAUAUUGGCAAAUGGCGACAAUGCACCAUUCCCAGCGGAUGUUGAAGAGCAAAUGAAGUUGUGCUACCAAAGAAUGUAUGCAGACCAACUCGAGAUCAAAAAUGUUGUGGAUAUGCUUUUGAAAUUGAGGGAUAGUAAUGUUCCAAGAGACCAGGACGUGUUUGCGUGUAUGAUUCACUCUCUUCUGGAUGAAUACAGAUUUUUCCCAGAAUACCCAUUGAAUGCUCUGGCAAUGACAUCAGUGCUGUUUGGUUCCAUGAUUCUGUAUGAUUUGCUGCGUGGCCCAGCACAGUCUAUUGCAUUAAAGUACAUCAAGGAUUCGUGUUCUCAACCACCAGAUUCAAACAUGUUUAAGUUUGCCGUUCAAGCAUUGUUUGCAUUUAGAAGCCGUCUACCAGAGUUUCCGAACUAUUGUUUAUUACUUUCAAAGAUCGAGGCACUGAAAAGACAGCAACAAGUUUACCAGGUCAUUGAUGAUGUGAUUCACAACCGUAUUGACAACAAACAAGAGGAGCUGUCACCUCCUCAAGCUCAGGGCCAAAUAUUCAAGUCUAUCACUGCAGUUCCAAUGCCGGAUGUUUCGAAUCCACCUGGAUCCACGUCCAAUAUUGUGAUUGUGAUGAAUAGUUUAGCCGAUGAUAAUGUUGUUGCGAAGGCUAAUGCUUUGAAAGCAGAGUUGAGCUCCAACAUGUAUCCAUGGUUUGCAGACUAUUUGGUCACUCGCCGUGCCAAGAUUGAAUCCAACAAUCAACAUCUUUAUUCCGAUUUGAUUGAAAAUAUUGGUGAUCCGGUGUUACUUCAACAGCUGAUAAAUGUCACAGUGAAUGAAGUAAGCAGCUUGUUGAAUGAGACUGAAGAGACUCCAACAGUUAGAAAUCAUCUCAAAAACCUUGGUAGCUGGUUGGGAAAGAUAACAGUGGCUAGAAACAGACCUUUGAAAUAUACCUGCAUUGCUGUGAAGCAGAUCUUGAUCGAAGCUUACGACUUGUCUAAACUUGCUCUCAUAAUCCCAUUUGUGUGUAAAGUUCUUGAUGAGACAGUUCACUCUGAUGUUUUCAAGUUGCCAAAUCCUUGGACACUGGGAAUUCUCAAGGUGUUGUCCGAAUUGUAUCAAUUCCCAGACUUGAAGUUGAACCUGAGAUUUGAGAUUGAAGUCCUCUGUAACAACAUGAAGAUUAAGAUUGAAGACAUUGAACCUUCUAUUAUAAUUCGGUCUCAUCAAGUGGGUGAUAUUCAAUCAAAUAUUCUCCUCGAAUCAGCAAUGGCAAACUUGAAGAUUGAAAAUGAACGUGAGGUGAUGUUCCAACAAGGUAUUCAGGAUGGCUUCCAAACCUCACAGGUUUUGCAACAACGUCUUGGCUUGGCUAACUCUGGGUCAUCAUCAACUCUUCCUUUGUCAUCUGCAACAGGGUUUGUUGGUACACCUACUGCUGUUCAUCAAAAUCUUCAGCAGCAUCAGCAACACGAUGUUUCCUCCGAAAUCAACUUCCAACAUGUCUUGGGUAAUACUUGUUUUGCUACGAAUGAAAGCUUGAAACAGCUAUUCUUAGCAGUUUUGAACAAGUCUGUUCGUGACAUUCUCCCACCAGCUGUGGAGAGAGCCGUAAGUAUCGCGGUCACGACAUCCAGAGCAUUGGUUUUAAAGGACUUUGCCACUGAGCCAGAUGAACUCAAGCUGAGAUCAUCUGCAGUGACUUUGGUUUGCCGCUUGUCUAAGGGAUUGGCUCUUGCGACAUGUCGUGAUCCUUUGAAGGAGAGUAUCCAAAGUUCCAUUCACACACUGGCACCUCAACUCUUGAACAUUGAGAACUCACCUUUAGAAGAACUCCCACAGGCUAUUACCGAUAACAUUGACCUUGCAUGUAAUAUUAUUGAGAACGCUGCGAUGGAGAAGGCGACAAAGGACAUUGAGGAAGUGCUUGCACAGUCAAUAUCUGCUCGUCGUCUUCACAAGGAGAGACGUCCAGAUCAACCAUUCUAUACACAGUUCCUAUCAAGAUAUGCGGUUUCUUUACCCGAACCGUUGGGUCUUCGUCCUAAUGGUGUUUCCGCUCAACAACUUCAGGUUUACGAGUCCUUUGGAAAAGAUAUUGUGAAUCACUCACCAGCUGCUAUUCUUUCACAGAUCCAACCUCAACAAGUCGGAGAGAGUCACCAACCAUUGACACCAAACCCUUCUGCUAUUGGCCUAUCCCUUCAAGGUGGCCAGCAGAAUGUUCCUUUGACUAUUGAGCAAACGUUGGGACAUGUACAGGUUUUGAUUGAGAAUUUGAUCAGAGCAAUAAACGAGUCCACUGCGCAGUCGUUGGCUGAAUUGUCAAAGGAUCCAACAAUCAACAUGUUGCUCACACAAAUUCUCUCUGUGACUUUGAAGUGCGUUUCUAGAGAUCUUUUGAUUUUAAAGAUUACACAGAUCAUCAUUAAUGCACUCCUCAACUGUAAUGGCGCAGGAUUUUCAGCCGAAAUCUUUGUUUUGUUGUUGAAGAAGAUAUGUACCAACUCAGGUGUUGCACAGAGAGAUGUCAGUGGCUGGUUCAUACAUGUUGCCGAUGAAAGAAAGUUCAAUGCUAAGAUUUUGAUUACGCUGUUCCAGUCGGGUCUCCUUUCAGUACCAGAAUUUGACCCUACACUUGCAACUUAUAUUAAUGUGCAAGAUGAGCGCACAUACUUACUGGCUGUUGACAUCAUUUCAGAAUUAUUCAAGUCCGAUGAUACUGUUACAUACCUCUCGGACUUUAUCUGUACCAUUGAGAAGUUGAACACUAUCAAGAACGUGGAGUCCGUAUCUAAGUUUUUGAGCUCUUUGAGAGAGCUUCCAAUGGGAUUGUUUGCCGAGAAGAAUAUCCCAGAGAAUCACAGAAUGGAAUACAUGUUCAUGGAAUGGGUUCACUUGAAUCAAAGACAACCUGGUUAUGAAGACGCAGAAUUGGCUUUCAUCUCACAGUUUAUUGAGACUGGUAUUCUCUCUAAGAGCCCGGAGCUUUUCUUCAAGAGUGCCGUGGAAAUCUCCCUUUUGUAUUUCAAAAACAGUGAUAGUGUCAAUGAUGGAUUCCGUCUUAUUGACAGCUUUUCCAGACUUAUUACCAGACUAUUAUUUGCUAUUGAUGAUAAUGACGACGCUAGAGCUGCUCUCUUCAAGAUUGCUCUUAGUGUGGUAACUUCACUAUUCGCCGAAGACCACGCUGCUUCAAAGGAGUCCUUUAAUGAGAGACCGUAUUUCAGAAUCUUCUCCACUUUAUUGUCUGAAUUCAGCAUUUCCAAUUACGAUUUUGAAUCUGAAGAGGGUGAAGCUUUGAAACAGACAUUCUAUUUCACAAUUGCCGACUUCCUUAAUGUUUACCAACCUCUUGUUUUCCCAGGGUUCACUUUUGCUUGGAUAACAUUGAUUUCGCACCGUUUGUUUUUACCUAACAUUCUCGAGUUGAAGAGUCCAAAGGCACAGUGUAAGUUUGUUCUCUUGUUGAUCAAUUUAUUGAGAUUCCAAUCAAGCAAUGUUAAAGACAAGCACAUCUCUGAAGUUUUCACUGUUGUGUACAAAGGAACUUUACGUAUUUUCUUGUUGUUGUUCCAUGAUCACCCUGAAGUCUUGGUUCAGAAUCACUACCAGUUGUGUUGUGAGAUUCCAUCCUCUUUCACCCAGCUAAGAAAUCUGGUACUUUCGUCAUAUCCUGCAAAUGUUAUUUCACCAUAUCCAUUCACACAAGACUUGGAAGUUGACAAAGUUGUUGGUAUUUCUGAUUCGCCACUACUGUCUUGUAACCCAGGAUACGAUUUAAAGUCGCUGAAAAAGACCGUUGAUGGUUAUUUGAGAAUUCCAUCCCAUCAAAUGGUGAAGACUAUCUUGAAUGGGUUGAGACAGAGUGCUUCUGAUGACUGCGGCAUUGGAUACUCGAGCACCAGCUAUAAUGUCAAGUUGAUCAAUGCCUUGGUGCUUUACGUUGGUAUUCAAGCUGUCAGCGACAGGGUUCCAAAUGGACCUGUUAUGGAUCCGAAGUCUUCACACUUUGGAUUGUUGGCAAGUCUAUACCAGGAUGGGCCAGUUGAGUUACAAUAUCACCUGACUCAUGCCAUGUGCAACCAAUUGAGAUAUCCUAAUGCUCAUACACAAUGGUUUAUGCAUGUCAUUCUCCACUUCUUUAGUGCACAGACUCUUUGGAACAGCAAGAAGUCCGAAGUGCAAGAGGUUUUAACGAGAGUUAUCCUAGAGAGACUAUUGUGCAACCGUCCACAUCCAUGGGGCCUACUCGUCACGUUUACCGAGUUGUUGAAGAGCACAGAGUUGGCACUUUCCAACUCGUCAUUUAUCAAAUCAUCGCCAGAGAUCGAAGCAUUGUUCCAAUCUCUUAUGAAGCAUAUGGGUGUUAGCGCUCCUCCACCAGAAGCAACUAAUGCCAUUGGAAAAUCUCACAAGCACCCAAUGUUUUCAUUUCUAAGGAAGAGAAGAAACUCUGGUGAUAGUGAUAUCAGUGGCAUUGUGGACCAGCCUAGAGUGAAAUCAAGAAAACCACCAAAUACUGCCUUUAGACAACAAAGAUUGAAAUCAUGGCAACCCAUUCUCUCACCUAGGUCAGUUCUACCGUUAUUGCUGCUGACAGCGAUCAUAUUCACGCCAUUGGGAAUUGCUCUUGUUUUCACCACUUUUAGUGUGCAACAGUUAGUUGUUGAGUAUGGAGACUGCAGCGAACAGGCCAGCACAACGUCGUUCAGUGAUAUUCCAGGCCAUUACGUUUCACAGCACUUCAAGAGCUCCACUAGUGUACGUCCCCAGUGGAAACUCGUGAACGGCACGGAGGGUAACCAGACGUGCCAGAUCCAGUUCCAUGUACCAAACGACGUUCAUGGCCCUGUUUACUUGUACUACAAAUUGACCAAUUUCUUCCAGAACCACAGAGAGUACGUUGAUUCGUUUGAUCUUGACCAGAUCAGAGGUGAUGCUGUUAGUGCUGGCUCCCUAAGCAGCGACUGUGAUCCGCUGAAAACCGAUGAUCAAGGAAGACCUUACUAUCCAUGUGGUCUCAUAGCCAAUUCCUAUUUCAACGAUACUUUCACAUCACCAUAUUCAAGCGCCGGCGAGUUCCCAAUGACUGAUAAAGGCAUCUCAUGGAGCUCUGACCGUUCUUUAUACGCAAACACCCACUACUCACCGGAUGAGGUGUCACCGCCUCCAAACUGGGCCCAGAUGUAUCCGGAUGGCUAUACCUCGGAGAACAUGCCAAAUCUACACGAAUGGGAGUCUCUCCAGGUGUGGAUGCGCACUGCAGCGCUUCCAAACUUCAUGAAACUCGCGUUAAGGAACGACACGGGGGUUCUCACCAGUGGUAACUACACAAUUGACGUUGGUCUAAACUACCCGGUGUCGAUAUUUGGGGGAACGAAAUCCAUAGUGUUGACUACGAGCUCUGUCAUUGGCGGGAGAAACCUAUCCCUGGGUGUGGCCUACCUUGUUGUCGCAGGGCUUGCCAUAGCAUUCGGAGCAAUAUUCUUGGUGAAGUACGUUCUACAACCUCGUAAGCUUGGUGACCACUCCUACCUAACGUUCGACCGUAACGCAGAGGAACCAGCGGAAAGAUCAACAGGCCGUGCAAUGCGUGAGAUUCUGUAG